AUGGUGGAGUACAACAGCGCGUCCAUGAACGCGUGGAUUCCGGCGCGACUUCUCCGGCAGGGCCAAAGAAUAGCAACCUUCGAUUUAGACUGCAAGGAUGGAGUUGAGAUCAGCAAAAUCCGGCUGCCACCACCUCACGCUGGGAAAGGCGGAUCAGCUCCGGGACCGCCCGCGACCACUUUGCCGAUACAGGCUGGGGACUUCUGCUUUUACAAGAGCUCUGCACAUGGAUGGAUACCUGCCAAGGUGCUCAGCUCCAGAGGGGACCUGUACGAUCUGGAUGUGAAGCCGGGGGCAAAUGCAGAAAACAUGUUCAGGCUUCUGGACGGCGUGGUCGUUGAGUACCACAGCCAGUCCUCCAACAGUUGGAUUCCAGCCAAGCUGUUGAACAAAGCUUCGGAGCCUGGCACCUUCGACUUGGAUUGCAAAAUGUCAGUCCCGGUGACCAAGAUCCGGCCGCCAGCUGACGCAGUGGGAGGCAGUGGGCCUCCAAAGCAAUCUCGUGGCGGUGCUGCUGGAGCGACCGCGGGCUUCUUUGGCUGGUGGGGCGGUGAAGCCCAAGCCGGUUAUGCAGAACCGGAGAAGGGCAAGGGAAAGGACAAGGGCAAGGACAAAGGCAAAGGCUACGAAGGUGGCUUCGUCCCAAACCCGGCUGGAGGAACCACCAGUGAUGUGCCACAACAGGAGUGGAGCAUGUUCGGCGGAUGGGGAGGAGCCCCGAAGGUCACCUUCUGGCGCUACUGCCCUCAGGAUGGCAGGCACCUGGAUAUCAGGUCAGAGCCCAACAUCGAUGGCGCCCGAUCGCUGAACUGCCUGGGUGCUGGAGACGUGUUCUGCGUGAUUCAGGAGAAGCAAGGACCUGGGGGCGUGCUGUACCUGGAGUUGGCCGAUGGACGGGGGUGGGUCCGGCCGUCAAGGAAGGGUAUAGUGAAAACAAAAGUAAUGCCAAGGUUCCAACGUAAAUCAUCCAUGGCUGAUGGCUUUUCCAUGCCACAUUGCGACUCUAUGCGACUCUAA